GUCGCCGCCCGGGCAGCGUGGCGGGCCCAGCGAGCGGGCGGCCGCUCCGAAGAGCCUUCCGGCGCGCUGGCCUCGCUCACGAGAGGGCCGCCCCGGCCUGCCGGUUCCGUGCGCGAGCCCGGCCGCCCACCAGUCCAGCUUCAGGUCGUGCGGCGUCUCGGCAGGCAACAUGAGAUCCUGUGACGUCACGAACUACUGCGAGGAAGGGGGCGAGGACGACGACCAGGACAUCGUCCAGGACAAGUUCGCCGAGGACGUCGUCACCAGCGAGUUCAGGGCUGUCGCGAAGCCCCGCGUGCGCGCCUGA